UUGCCGCCGAACUUCGUGGACACUCAACUUCUUACAACGAGCCACUAUCGUUGUGCCUCUGCUGAAACGACCACUUCUCGAAGAACGUCUUGCCUCUUCUACAACUCUGAUGGACCUCUUCCUUUCACCCGUUGGCUUGGAUGUCGAUGCCUCGCCCAAGUGUAAUGCAAAACACGUCCUUUCUUUUACCACUUGGGACGAUUCAGCAGUAUCCCUUCACUCAUAUCGUUGCUCGAACUGUGAUCAUGUAUCUUUGGCCUCGAAGGCAUUUUCCCUCCAGCGAUCCGAUCUCUCAGGUCUGGAAAAGAUCUCGAAGCUCCUCCAAACACCUAUGCUGGCCAUGACACGUAUUACUCACUUUGAGAUUUCACCUUGUUCGUUUGGCUGGCAGCCGAAACAUUCUCUUGAAGUGUGGAUCGACCUCUUUCAGAGUCUGCCGGAGAUUGUCGAACUGGUACUUCGUGACAUGGAUGGAUCGAACGUGGUUUGUGAGGAGAUUCAUCAAGCUCUUGGCCUUGUCAAUCUCAACCGCACCCUCGCUCGUGGAAAGACUCGACCAGCUCCAAACUUGAGCCACCUGCACGUCCACUUCACUCGCGACAACUCUGGAGUGAAUGGCCCACCGCUCUUCGAUGCGUUCCGACUGGAAUGGGUAAUUUCUAUUGUUGAGCAUCGACGCGGAAUUGAAAAGGUUGAGAUCGAUGUGCCAAAGAAAGUUCUUUUCCAGCUGAAGCGGGAGGAUCGCUGGAAAACCUGCGUGAAGAAGCUGGAGAAGAUCAUGGCGCAACCUGAAAGAGUUGUCAUAAUAGCUGGAAAGAAUGGUACAAUCUUCGCCGAUUAAUCUAAUAGUAACGCGUUUCCCUGCCUUCAUCAACAGCUAUCGUUUUUCAUUCAUAUGUUCUACUCAUGUCUGUGUUUAAUUUACUAUUUCCAUGUUCUUACACACCUUCCCUUGUCGGAGGUUCCCGGGCGUUUGCCGUCGACGUGACGACAGCUUCCUAUUGAUCAGCCUCAUUGCAUGCUGUUUAGAAGGAAUAACUUACUUUCCAAUCC